AAAUGCUCUUUCGUCACUCGUCUUUUUCUUCUUGACCACCUCUCAUGUUGUCCAUCCCUCCAGUUUGCUCGACACCUCCGUCGCCCUCAAAGAAGUUCAUUGAGGAUCCCAAGCAUGUCCCUGCGGACGCUAACACUCCCGAUAGCUAUGUGUCAUACACUCUCAAGCACCAAAAGUCUCUUCCUCCAAUCACUUGGGACAACUGGUACACAAAGUUAAACUGGUUAAACAUUGCAAUUCUCGCCGGCAUGCCUGCUAUAGGUCUCAUUGGGGAGACCACCAUUUGGUCAGUGGUAUACUACUACAUGACUGGUCUCGGCAUCACUGCUGGUUACCAUCGGCUAUGGUCACAUCGUUCUUACAAUGCAUCGAAGCCCCUUCAGUAUGUUCUUGCAUUUGUCGGUGCAGGACACCGUGCUCACCAUCAUUACACCAAUACUGACCUUGACCCGUACAAUGCACACUGUGGUCUUCUAUGGUCACACAUUGGAUGGAUGAUUGUCAAGCCCCAUCGCAAGCCCGGUGUUGCUAAUGUUAGCGACUUGACAAAGAACGAGGUCGUGAGGUGGCAGCACAAAUACUACCUGAGCCUUGUCAUGAUCAUGGGCUUCCUCUUCCCCACUGUUGUGGCUGGCCUUGGUUGGGGCGAUUGGCAAGGUGGCUAUGUAUACGCCGGUCUUCUGCAUCUUUGCUUUCUUCACCAUUCCACAUUUUGCAUGAAUUCACUCGCUCAUUGGUUGGGUGAAACACCAUUUGAUGACAAACACAGCCCUCAUGAUCACUUCGUAACUGCCCUCGUCACAAUCGAUGAAGGAUACCACAACUUCCACCACCAAUUCCCCAUGGACUACCAUAAUGCCAUCAAGUGGUACCAAUAUGACCCUACAAAAUGGUUCAUUUGGUCAUGCCAGAAGCUUGGCUUUGCAAGCCAUUUGAAGUCCUUCCCUGACAAUGAGGUCCGCAAAGGUCAGCUUACCAUGCAACUGAAGUGUCUUUGCGAGAUCCAGGAAACCCUGUCAUGGCCUUCUGAUAACAGCGAUUUACCCAUCAUUUCCUGGGAGAGCUGUACAUACCUUUCUGCAUAUGCCAGGUGUAUUUUCUAAUACAUUCCGCGUAGACCUUGAACAAGCCAAGAGUCAUCCGGUCAUCUGCAUUGCUGGCUUCAUUCAUGAUGUUUCAGACUUCCUUGACGAUCACCCAGGAGGCCAUCACUUGUUGACAAAACACAUCGGCCAAGAUGCUACUACAGCAUUCUUUGGAGGUGUUUAUGAUCAUAGUAACGCCACACAUAAC